AUGGUGCGUCAGCUGCACGACGGUAUGAUGGCUCGAGUCACGGACAACGGAGCUGUCUCAGAGGCAUUCGCAGUGACCAACGGAGUGAAACAGGGAUGCGUGCUGGCGCCCACCCUUUUCAGUCUUAUGUUCUCUGCCAUGCUGAUGGACGCCUACCGCGACGAACGCCCCGGGAUCCGCAUCGCCUACAGGACGGACGGUCACCUCCUGAAUCAACGGCGGAUGCACUUCCAAUCGCGCGUAUCCAUAACCACCGUUCACGAACUCCUCUUCGCCGACGACUGCGCCCUGAACACCACCUCGGAAGAGGAGAUGCAACGGAGCAUGGACCUGUUCUCCGCCGCCUGCGAGAACUUCGGUCUGGUCAUUAACACGCAGAAGACCGUGGUGAUGCAUCAACCGCCACCCAACUCAGUCACAGCCGACAACGCGGCGCAAAUCAACGUAAAUGGGACUCAACUGCAGGUGGUGGAGAACUUCCCGUACCUGGGCAGUUCUCUCUCCCGCAACACCAAGAUCGACGACGAAGUCGCCAACAGGAUCUCGAAAGCCAGUCAAGCCUUCGGUCGCCUCCAAAGCACAGUUUGGAAUCGCCACGGUCUUCAGCUGAGCACGAAGCUGAAGAUGUACAGGCCGUCAUCCUGCCGACACUACUGUAUGGAGCGGAGACUUGGACGGUGUACGCAAAGCAGGCACGUGGUCUGAAUCACUUGCACCUCAGUUGUCUUCGUCGCAUCCUGAGGCUGAACUGGCAGGAUCGAAUCCCCGACACUGAUGUGCUGGAACGGACGGGAAUCCUCAGCAUCUACGCCAUAAUGAGGCAAAUUCAGCUGCGCUGGAGCGGCCACCUGGUGCGCAUGGACGACGAGUGACUACCCAAACGACUCUUCUACGGAGACGUCGCGACGGGGUCUCGCCGUCAGGGAGGCCAGAUUCGCCGUUACAAGGAUACCCUGAAGUCCUCCCUGAAAUGCCUGCAAAUCAACCCCACCAACAGGGCGGAGCUCGCACUCGAUCGACCGACCUGGAGGAGGACAGUGAAGACAGGCGCUGCGAUCUACGGAGCCAACCGCAUCGCUGCCGCCAAAGCGAAACGUGAAGCCCGCAAAUCACAACUUCGCCCAGUAAGCAACGCCGCCGCACAACCGCUUCCAACGUGUUCUCGUUGUCAACGGACACUCCGGGCACGAAUCGGACUUGUUGGACAUCUUCGGAUCAACUGUACCUCUCGAACUGCUCCAGCCACCGUCCCCCCGCCCGCCUCUUCCUCGUCCUCUCUGCCGCCAACUAACUCUGAUAACUCUUCUAAACCACCACUUCCAUCCUCCUCGCCCUCGUCCUCCUCGUCCUCCUCGUCGUCGUCGUCGUCGUCGUCGUCCUCCUCCUCCUCCUCCUCCUCCUCCUCCUCCUUUUCCUCCUCCUCCUCCUCCUCCCACACUGCCCCAGCGGCGGCCGUUCAGACUGCCGUCUCACACAUCACCAACCCCAACACAACAACCGACACCACCUCUCCCACCUCUCCCGAUACUGCUGAUGAGGAUCAGGACUACACCUGCCCUCACUGCGACCGUACCUUCACCUCACACAUCGGCCUGGUCGGUCACUUGCGAAUCCAUCGCACAGAGACUGGCGAACCAGUGCCUGGAGCACCAACCUACACCCACCAAGCUCGUCUCAACUGCCCACACUGCCCUCGCACUUUUAGGCAUCGCAUCGGCCACAUGCGCAUCCACGACGACCUGCGGUAG